ACCAACAAAAAAAAAGAAAAAAAUUUCUGUCAACAAUGGCCAUGCCUGAAAAUUUAACGAGAGAACAAUGUCUCUAUUUAGCAAAACUAGCCGAACAAGCCGAACGUUACGAAGAAAUGGUUAAAUUCAUGGAAAAACUCGUUAUCGGGUCGGGUCAAUCCGAGCUAACCGUUCAAGAACGAAAUCUCUUAUCCGUUGCGUAUAAGAACGUAAUCGGUCGCUCCGAGCCUUGGAGGAUAGUUUCGUCAAUUGAACAAAAAGAAGAAGGUAGGAAGAACGAUGAACAUGUGGUAUUAGUGAAGGAUUAUAGAUCUAAAGUUGAAUCUGAACUAAGUGAUGUUUGUGCUGGGAUUUUGAAGAUUUUGGAUCAGCACUUGAUACCUUCGGCUAAUUGUGGUGAAUCGAAAGUGUUUUAUUUGAAGAUGAAAGGAGAUUAUUAUCGUUAUUUAGCUGAGUUUAAAGUUGGUAAUGAACGUAAGGAUGCUGCUGAGGAUACUAUGCUUGCUUACAAAGCUGCUCAGGACAUUGCUCUUACGGAGCUUGCCCCAACACAUCCGAUACGACUUGGGCUAGCUCUCAAUUUCUCAGUGUUCUACUAUGAGAUUCUGAAUGCAUCAGAAAAAGCAUGCAACAUGGCUAAACAGGCAUUUAAGGAAGCUAUCGCUGAACUGGACACUUUGGGUAAGGAAUCCUACAAGGAUAGCACCCUUAUCAUGCAAUUACUAAGGGACAAUCUCACUCUCUGGACUUCUGAUAUGCAGGAGCAGAUGGACGAGGCUUGAUAUGAAACUGUUCCUCCAGGAGGUGGGCUCAAAUGUCACUCACAGUCCGUAAUCUACAUAUGUGACCGAUAGCUUUUGUAUUUGAUAUAUCCUGCCUACUUUGAUAAUUUUCUUGUUCAACUUUUUGUUUGAUACU